UUCCGCGCCGAGAAAGAGAAAAACGAAGAGGGGCCAACAACAACGAAAGCGGAGGAAAAAGCGAGGGAGCCAGCAGCCUACUCUUUCUUCUCAAAACAAGGGAGAUACUACUCCUCCGCCUCCAGUCCACACGCAGCAGAUCGGCGUCGAAAUCCAUCGCCUCGCCUCGCCUCCUCCGCGGCGUCGGCGUGGUGCUUAUGGCCCGCAGGGCACUAGAGCCCGCGGCGGUUCUGCUCGUUCUGGCGGCGCUCGCGGCCGUGGCGGCCGGAGGGGACAUCAGGCACCAGGACGACGACGCGCCCAAGAUCCCCGGGUGCUCCAACGACUUCGUGCUGGUAAAAGUGCGGACCUGGAUCAACCAAAAAGAUAAAAUUGAGUUUGUUGGUGUUGGUGCUCGAUUUGGCCCCAAGAUAGAGUCAAAGGAAAAGCAAUCCAACUGGACAAACUUGCUGUUACCAGACACUUCUGAUUGCUGCACCCCUCCAAAAGAGAAGGUUGCUGGAGAUAUUUUGUUAGUAGAGAGAGGAAACUGUACGUUCACUACAAAGGCUAGGGUUGCUGAAUCUGCUGGUGCUUCUGCGAUUAUAAUCAUCAAUGAUAAGCAGGAGUUAUACAAGAUGGUAUGUGAGACCAAUGAAACAAAUUUAGAUAUCGGCAUACCCGCUGUUCUUCUGCCAAAAGAUGCAGGCUCUUCUUUAGAAAGGUCUCUCUCAAGUGGUGAAGUCUUAGUGGAGUUGUACUCUCCAGAUCGUCCUCUGGUUGAUACUGCAGAGGUGUUUCUAUGGCUUAUGGCAGUUGGUACCAUUCUUUGUGCAUCAUACUGGUCAGCAUGGAGCGCCCGAGAAGCUGAUAUUGAACAAGAGAAGCUUCUGAAGGAUGGUCAUGAAGUACCACCAAACUUUGAGGCUGGAGGUUCUAGUGGUAUGGUAGAAAUCAACAUGGUAUCGGCAAUAUUGUUUGUGGUGAUUGCAUCAUGCUUCUUGAUAACACUCUACAAGAAGAUGUCUCAUUGGUUUGUGGAGCUUCUGGUGGUUAUCUUUUGCAUAGGUGGUGUAGAGGGUCUGCAAACAUGCUUGGUGGGUUUACUGUCGAUGUCAAGGUGGUUUAAACCUGCUGCAGGAUCGUUUGUGAAAGUGCCAUUUUUUGGAGCUGUUUCAUACCUUACAUUGGCAGUUUGUCCGUUUUGCAUAGUAUUUGCUGUUCUGUGGGGUGUUUACCGUCGGUUGUCCUUUGCUUGGAUUGGGCAAGAUAUUCUUGGUAUUACCUUGAUCGUUACAGUCAUCCAAAUUGUUAGAAUACCUAACCUCAAGGUGGGUUCAGCCCUCCUGAGUUGUGCCUUCUUAUAUGACAUCUUCUGGGUUUUUAUCUCCAAGAUGAUAUUCCAUGAAAGUGUGAUGAUUGUGGUUGCACGUGGUGAUAAGACUGAUGAGGAUGGUGUACCCAUGCUGUUAAAGAUUCCUCGGAUGUUUGAUCCAUGGGGCGGAUACAGCAUCAUAGGCUUUGGUGAUAUCCUUCUUCCUGGGCUGUUGGUUGCUUUUGCAUUAAGGUAUGAUUGGGCUGCCAAGAAGACCUUGCAAUCUGGCUACUUUUUGUGGUCAAUGGUGGCAUAUGGUUCCGGUCUCCUAAUUACAUACGUCGCCUUGAACCUUAUGGAUGGCCAUGGCCAGCCUGCUCUCCUUUACAUUGUGCCUUUCACGAUUGGCACCUUCCUAGCACUAGGCAUGAAGAGAGGUGAGCUCAGAAACCUGUGGACGAAAGGGCAGCCAGAGAGAGUGUGCACGCACAUGCACACACACCCAUCCCCGAAGGACUCGCCUGUUGCAGUCAGCUCGACGUCGUAAACAAGGCUGAUUAACCUUACUUGAUGUGGACUGGCCCUGGAGAACCCUCGUGUAAAAGAAGUUCCACAAAUAAUAGAGUGUGCCACGUAAUGGGAGGAGUCUGCUAGUGAUUUGUAAUGAACCCUACAUGUACAUAGGAGAACUCUAGACCCGCCCCCCUGAUCGUGAUCCUCGUACGUUGUACAGUAGGUGGUGUAUAGUAUUAGUAUGUAGUAUAGUUUAUGAGUGAUGAGAUGUGCUGCUAUGACAGUGUAUAAAAAUGCGGGAAGGCAGGAGCUGGGUUAUUUCCCAGCACUGCAUCGUCUGGUCUCCUAGUAGUAGUAGUUUUAUUUGUGUGGACAUGUUACAUGAUCUUACAAGGCUGGGACACGUGGCAAGAGGCUGCUGGUUUUGUCGGUGAGAUGAUGUGACAGUCAUUUGUCUCUCGUGACCAGUUACUUAGCUUGUUAUUACUAGUAUUAUGUACCUGUAUCUGUAUGCAUAUUAUUAAAUAAUAUGCACGAGACAUGCAGUAA